AUGAAUCAUGAAGUACAAACAUUACUGAAAAAACGCGAUGAAUUAAAACGCGUACUUGAGGUAGAAGAGAAUUCAAUAAUGUUACGCGAUGUCAUUUCUAAAGAAAAUUUUGAGAUACCAUCGAUAAUUAAUUUUGAAAUUCAAGAAAAAAUUGUUCAAGAGAUGUUUCGGGCCAGUAAACGACGCGAAUACGAGGAAUUCUUGAGGGCCUACCGUCUCACUGGUAAAACGAUUUUCUCGUUAAAAGAAAACCGUGUUGGAUUGAGAUUUGAAACCUUUUAUGGAGGCAAAUAUCGGGAGCCUUAUUAUGUUAUUCUUAGUCAGGACAAGGAAAAUGGACAAUUAAGUGUUUUUAAACAUACGAUACCACAUUUCAUUCCUUUGAAUGAAUUGGAGUCCGAUUAUCUCAAUGAAGAUAUAGAUAAAUUUGUAAAUUCACUUCAUGAUUAUUUACAAGCAUUUGUUACCAGACGUGAAGAAGCUAAAAUAAUGCAACAAGAUGUGGGUGUUUCCAAUUUGAAAUCUAAUAAUGCAUACAAUUCAAUUGAAUUUUCGGUUAGGCUAAAAGAAAGUGUUAUAGAAUUUAGCUUGACUUAUAAGGACUUAAAAUUAACAACGCCAACCGAUGUAGUAAUGUACCAAGUUACCGAAGAUGCUGAGAAAUCCGUGUCGCGACGUCAACGAUUAAGACGACGCGAAAAAGAAUUUAUGCAACAAAAUUUG